CUAUCGAUAAAAGCAAAUAAUUAGAUAAUUUUACGAACAACUGCGACCGGUCCGCACGUGUAGUGAAGUUCAAUUGCAAUUAACUAUUAAGUUUUAGUUGAUUAAAGAGCUCCAGGUUGCAUUUAAUAAAUUAAAAAUGGCUGCAGCUAUUAAGAGAAUCAUCCCAAUGCUUGAUCGCAUUCUGGUGCAACGCGCUGAAGCUCUCACCACAACGAAAGGUGGCAUUGUUUUGCCCGAAAAAUCGGUUGGCAAAGUGCUGGAAGGCACUGUCGUGGCCGUUGGACCCGGUGCUCGCAAUGCUACCACUGGCAGUCACGUUCCAAUUGGCGUGAAGGAGGGAGAUCGCGUUUUGCUGCCCGAAUUCGGUGGCACCAAGGUCCAAUUGGACGAGAAGAAGGAACUGUUCCUUUUCCGCGAGUCGGAUAUCUUGGCUAAGUUAGAAUAAAUUAACGGCCCAUCAAAUUCUAUGAAUUCUGUUUUCAAUUAGUACGUAACCACAUACAAUAAAAGUUUAAUGCAAUGUUUUUGUUUGCAUCAUCCGAAAAUAAAACUUGAAUCUUCAGUCAA